GGCGUCCGUCCGUCAGGUGGAGGAGGCGCGGUGUGAAGGGGACGGGAGGUCAGUGGGCAUCGCUGCGCUGGCGGCUGCGCGGCCUGCACGGUGCCUGCCCCCCUCCCCGGCCAUGCGUGUGUCCGCACGCGUAAGCGAGUGUGAUGCACGGCGUCGUGCGCCGAGGGCUUGGCGCCGAGCGCUCCUCAGGCCGAGCGCCUGCGCCCCGAGCCGGAGGAAAGUGAACUGAUACCGAUCUGACUGAUGCCGUGCUGCGUUCCGUGGUUAUUCGUCCUCAUCUGAACGUGCGGCACACCGCUUCAAGAACUUCAUAUAAACACAUGAGAGAAGAUGACAAGAUCUAGAUCAAGAUCACCACGAUGGAAGCAAAGGUCCUUAUCUCCAGCAUUCAGGAGUCCAGAGCACCACAGGCAAAGGCAUGCUCAUGUUAAUUAUGACUGUGAAUAUAAAAGCUUUCGUAAGGACCUAAAGAAACCUAUGACAUGGAGAACAGAUGAUGAAAAAUAUGGACAAAGCAACUCCAGGUUUGCACCUCAUGGAAAUAACCACCAGAGAAUGUAUGAACGUAGAUCACCUUCACCAAACCUGAAAAGAAUUCCCAUGGAAGAUGCUUACGGUCAUAAGCCCUACAGAACACAUUCAUCGGAAAGAACUGAAGGCAAUAGGAGAUGUCCGUUACCACCAAAAUACUCGGAAAUACCAUAUAAAGAGCACGAUCGGUCAUUUUACCAGUACAAAAUGGAAGAAAGAUACACGUUUGAACACUACAAAGUCACUGGAAAUGAAAAAGGAAUUAAACCUUUUCACAGACCGUUAGGGGCUUCAUGUAAAUUUGAAAGAAAAUGGCACGAAGAUGACUUGAGGCACCAGAGGUUACACGAAGAGAAGUAUGGUCAGUCACCCAGAAGAGUUUCUGAUGAAUUUACGUCAAGGAGCUCUUUACAGAAGAGGUAUCCUGAAGAUCACGAUUACAGAGAAUAUGGGCACACGUCUAAAAGGGCUAAAGAAAUGGAGAGGUAUGACGGUGGAGAAGUAGCAAGAAAUUCCAAGUGGAAGCAAGAGCGUUCUUUUCCACCCUACCAAGAAAAGGAGGAACAAAGAAAUCUGGGUGCCCAGUCUCACCGAUCGACUGAGAGGGAGUACUCGGAGGGAUCUGUCACAAAGAUAGCCUAUGAAUACAGUCACAAACGGCGCAGGCACCUGGAUGGGGAAAAGUCUUUUACAGAUGAUAGAGCUCAGAAGUAUGUGAAGCAGGAAGAUCAGAAAUAUGGAUCUUCUAAGGGUGCCUGGAAUAACAAAAAGUUAGAUUACUUUAGUGGUGGAAGAGCGAGACAGACUGAAGAAGGGCAUGUUGAAGUCCCUGCUAAAUAUAGUUCAAAGAAGGGCUGCAAUGCUUGUGUUAACUCUUCUAAAAUGGAUGUUGAUCUGAGACCCUUUAAAAACAAGCAGAAGGAAAGAGUAAGGAAAGAAGGGGAACUCAGGAGAAAAGGAGAUUCUUCCAGUAGCCAGCAUGAUUCAAGUCAUACUGUUUCAGAUGUGAAAAUGUCAGAUGUCAACUGUAGGAGGGAACAUCUCACAAUCAAAGUGGAUAUGAAGAAAACGGUGAACAGGGCUGCUUCUAGUCAUACUACAGACAGACAGAUGUCACAUGAUCUGGUUGCUGUUGGCAGGAAAAAUGAAAACUUUCAUCCAGUGUUCAAGCACAUGGAAUCUGUAACGCGAGGUGUUGAGAACGACCCAUCGAGAGAAUUUACUCAGGAAAUAAUCACAAUUAUCCAUCAAAUUAAAGCAAAUUAUUUUACAUCUUCCGACAUAACUCUGCAUGAACGGUUCUCGAAAAUCCAGGAUAAACCAAUUCCAAAUAUGAAUGAAGUUAAAAGAAGUUUGGAUCCAGAAAUUCACAGGAGGAUUGACAUGUCUCUAGCAGAACUUCAGAACAAACGAACUGUCCCAUCCGAAUCUCCUCAGAACAUCAUAAGAGUUUUAGAAGAUCCAAAUGAUCUACGCCAUGAUAUAGAAAGGAGAAGAAAAGAGAGAUUGAAGAAUGAAGAUGAGAGAGCAUUUCAUACAGAUGGUACAGCUCCAAGGAAUCAGCAAGGCUGCAGUUUUUCAAGAUUACAAAACUCUCAACUUGAUGGCUUCCAAAAGCCUAUGAGGUUCAUUAAGCCGCCUUUCAGGAAAUUUAUUGGGAAACCUCACCUGAAUUCUUACUAUUCUUCAAGAACAAAUGAUGCUUUCCCACAUAGACAUAUUAGAGGACGCCUUGAAAAUACAGGUCCCAUCAGGAGACACUUCAAGAGCAACUUUGCAGAUGGCCGUUUGCAAUCCCAUUAUAAAUCAGGCUUAGUACAGAAGGGUUUAUAUAUUCAAGCUAAGUACCAACGGUUACGUUCCGUUGGUGUAAGGGGAUUUACCACUAAUAAAUACAGAGAUGGAUUUCUGAGGAAAGAAAAGGGAAAUUUAAAUAUUGGGACAGAAACCUGAACUGAGCUCUGAUCCUGAAGUUGAAACGUGAAACACAGCAAAGGGAACAUCUGUUCGCUUUUUGACAACUUUGUCCAGACCUAAGUUGGGAUAAAGGAACUAACCCUGUAACUUCCUUGAUUAAAAAAUAACUUUAUUUUUCGGUAGGAGAAUGCUGCAGAACUUUUUUACGGUUUUCAUAAUUGCUUUUAAACUACAGUAUUCAAUUGAAAUGUUGUAGUAUGUACCUUUAGUUCCUUUUGCAUACCAGUCUCGAGUAAAGGAGUCACUGAAGAGGGAGUCUUAUUUAUUGAUCACUUUUUCUCUAAGCAUGAUGUUACAGAUGGAACUUGAGUUGUUAUACCCAGAGGUUUAUAUGUUCAAAGUUUAUUGCUUAUGUAAUAAAAAAGGAAAACAAAAAAAAAGUGCCUGAAUUGUUUGGUAAUAGCACAUAGCUCAGGAUUUUCCAAGAAAGAAAUGACCUGUUAGGUUGCGCAAUAGAUCUUACACCUCUGUUCAGCCCUUUCCAUAAAACAAUAUUUUGUAUUACUUCAUUUUAGUUAAAUAAUAUUCUUGGGUUUCUGAGAUGUAUAUACGUUUGUAAAGUGCUAAGACUGUUGAGACAGUUUUUGGUAUUUGAUUAAAACGAGUGGUACAGGCAGGUAUGUGAUGUCCUGUAGCGGUAGUCUGUAACUGCACCGAAGGCAUGCUUGACUUUGUUAGGGGGUUAGUUGGUCUAUAUUCAAAGUUACUCUGUCUCAUAGGUGGGUUUGUUUUUUUUUUUGAUGUAUGACAUUCUUGACCAAGCCACAUGUUCUUUAAUCAUGUCGUAAAUGACUUGGUGGCUUCUUGAAUUCUGAAAUUGGGGCCUGAAGUGUUUAGUUCCAAGGGGAAAAAAAAAAAAAGUAAGUUUUUUAUAAGCAUGUAUUCUAACAAAGCUGUUCAUAAUUGAAACUGCUUUAAAUGCAGAUAGCUUGUAAUUUUGUUCAAAAUCCCAGUAAUUCUCCAAAGCGUACAGUGCUUCCGAGGAGAACAUAUUGUUAUGCCGUAUGCAGAAUUUAAAUAGCUCGACAUGUUUUUCAGCAGCUAUAAACAAUAUUGUGCUUAUUUCCUAUUUAUAGCUUUGCCUUAAUAUAAUAUAUAUGGUAGGGUUGUGCAUAUGUAUUACAGAUUUCUUCACUUUUUUACUACAGGUAAAUUAAAGAUGUGUAAGGAGUAGUUUUCAGAUAACGUCCUUAAUGUUUUAAGGAAACAUUUUUCAUACCUUCUGGGGCAGCGCUAGGUGUAGGAAAUGCAGGCUAGUCUCUAUUAUGGAUAACAGAUCCGAAUUCUGAUAGUGGGUAGGGGUAGGUUCAGAGAAAAAGGAUAUUUGUCUUUUGGUGGAAAGUCAGGACGUGACUUUUUCUUUGCAUGAUUUCUUUGCCGUGUUUUUUUUUUUUGCCACAGUGCUUCCAGUAAAAGGGUUAUUUAUUGGAAGCGUAGGUAUGGCUCAGAGCAGCUGAAAUAGUGUCACUUAAUCUUAAUUCAUGGGAGGUACUGCUUAGUGUUCAUAGAAAAUAAGUAGGCGGGAAGUGUGCCAGAUUCAUUGAUGCUAUGGUGAUUCAACAAUAACACCAGAUGGUUUAAGUUUCUAAAACUCAAGUUUUCAGUUUAAAUAAUUAUUAAGUGAUUCAACUAGUAUUUAAGUAACUUUCUGACAUACAUACUCAAAAUGGGAAGCUAAAGGAAAAGAAUUUCCUGAUCAAAUAGAAGCAGCUCACUUCCCGCAGAUCGGAAAUACGUGCGAUGCUGUCGUUGAUGAACCCAACUAACUCAUCCUGUGUGGAUUUACCAGCAAGUGGAAAUAAGGAAUGGAAGCAACAAACUGAGCCAACCCAAAGCAAAUAAGGAGUCACCGUGUUUGUUAAGCAGCCCAGUGUUGGGGAGUGCUGUGUGUACCUCUGCAGAUCGGUGCAGGUUCACCCUGAAGCUGACAAGCUCUUCAUGCUGCUGCUGAACGUGCUGAGCAUUGUAAAACACGGGUGACACCAUACGUGAUACAGGACAAACUACUGAAGCUGUCUCGUCUUACUUUGCGGGAUACUGCCGUUUCUGUAAGCUUCCUUUUUUGUUCUUACUGAAGCCUGGAAGAGAAUUUGUUAUUGAGCAAAUGGGAGAAGUGGAUAUGUGAGGAAACUUAUGGCACAUCAGUUUUGCUAAGGUUGUCUAGAAAUAAUGCUGAAGUAGUCAGACUUCAGCCAGUUAAUGCUGCUCUUUCAUUUUUUUUAUAUGAAAACCAGGUUUAAGAGUGUGAAUGCCUCCAGUUUUGUGCUUUAUUUUAUUGUGCACAACUAGUUAUAGUACUUUGUGUCUAGUUUCUUUAAUAUAGGUUAUUAUUUCUGUAACUGUAAGCAACGUAUUACCAUAUGGUAUCUGAUUAUCGUUUCUGUAACUGUAAGCAAUGUAUUACCAAUAUGGUAUCUUUUAACAUGUUUACUGAUCCUGAUCUAUUUUAUUCACCUCACCCCCACCUUGGUCCCAAGAUGGAUGUCAUAUGAUGAAAUGUAGUUCCUGUUUCAGUUGCUUUAGCUUUUUUGUGAGGAGAUUCCGUCUGCCGUAAUCACAUUCUUUACCAAUAACUUUGCUUUACUAAUGAGAUUUGUACAGAAAUUUAAUUGAGUGAUUGAAUUAGGUGCAAGAGGGAACCUAACUGUCUGCUCUGCAACUCGCUGUGCUUUGAAUCUUUAGCUAGGGACUUGCAUCUGUAUACUCAUAUGCAAGUAAUUGGCUCAUUUUUUCAUUCAGCACAGGAAAGCUCUGUUGUACUGACACAGAAUGGUUGGUUGAGAAUAAUAUAUUGAAGUUACUGAUUGGUUUGUGAGAGGGCUCAAAUUAAGAAAAUGAGUGUUAAGUAGAAGGUCGGUUUACUUGAAUAAUUUGGUGCCUUUCUAUAUUGUGACUACAUUGUAGAAAACACCCUCUGUACAAAGACUUAAAUGAUGUUCUGAUUAUUGCAUUAUUUUUAAUAGGAGCGUGGACUGAGUAAAAUUGUUAAUAUAACUGCUUACUUUUAACUAUGUGGGUAACCUAUGCUCCAAAGGAAAACUGUUCCUUUUAUUAGUAAAGCCGCUCACUGCAUUUGCAAUGGAAGGGCAAGUCAAGAAUGUGAUUGUCUAAGAGCUAGUUAGCUUUGUUUUAUAAAUGUGAAUUGCCUUUCUGUUAGUUGACUUGAAAUGACCGCUGAAUGCUUCUCACGUCCUCAGUUGUUCGUGUGAAAUGUUUUUUUCUUUCCGUGGCUAUCCAAAAUACAGUCAUUGGACAUGAUUAGUCUUCCUCGUAAGUGUUGUAAGUUGUGAAUUUAGUGUUUAUGCUGCUGAUCAGUUUAAUCUCUAUAUUGAUUGAUUGGGUUAAAUCCUCAUUUUACGAUUCUAAGCUCAUAUGUGAUGAUCAAGUUAAGAAAAUUCUGGGGCUAGUAAGCAACACGUCAUAAGGUGUAUAUAUAUGAAGUCUGCCUUAACUCUAAUAGUGACUUAAAUGUUUCAGAUCACCUUACCUGAUGUAUUUAGAUGGUCUUGAGACCUCAACGUGACUGUCUCAGCUCAAGUACCCAAUAGCAGGGGGUGGGAGCAAAUUCAGCUGAUAGCCAGUUGUGAUAAUAGCUUACCUGCUGCCUUUUCUUACAGGGCUUUGGGGCGAAAUGCUGAUUUUUCUCUGUGUGAACUUGCUUGCUUUAAAAGAAAAAUAAAUCUUAAAAAUCACACUUUGGGACAUUAUGAAACUCUGGAUUUUCAAAAGAUGAUUGUUGUGCUUUAAAAGGUCUUUGCCAUGUCUAGGAAAUUGAUAGUGAGAGUUGGUUGGAGAAGAUGAUUAAAGAUUUUAGCAAAGAUUAAGCUAUGGAGAUGUGGUUUCUCAGCCUUCUCACUUUUAGAAGACUUGUAAGCAGAGGGACAUUCUCCAACUUCCUUCUUUACUGAAGAACUCUUUUCCCUUCAGAAACAUGCCUCUUGCUUUUUUUUUUUUUUUAAUCAAGCAUCUCAACAGCCACCUGCAAGAUUCUCUACAGGAGAGUUCUCUAAAAGAAAGGCUUCAGACUUGCAUCCGAAUGAAUCUGCAAGAACUGGAUGUUUCUGCACAUAUCUGGCCCUUGACAGACUUCAUUCCACUGCUGCAGGGUUUGAGGAUCAGGGGUUCGUCUUACAGGAGGGAGGGGAAGGAAAUAAAAGCCAUUUUGAGAUUGUUGAAAGCCUACUUGUAACGCUUAACUCCUUUGUGUAGAUACGGAGGAUGGCAAUGGACGUUUAAACGUGUUCUGUUUUAAGUCUGGUGAACGUACCUUUUCAGUGUUAACAUCUGAGACAACUACUGUUGCGAUACCUGCCCCCUUCUUGCCCUUUCCUUGCCUUGAUGUUUUUUUGGUGGAGGGUUUUCUGAGUAGUUAUUUAGCCCCGUGGUUUAAUAGUUUGAUGCUGCCUGCCACUUGAAUAUGGUUUUCUUCUGUUUGCUGCUCUGAAUUUUGUCAAAGUCUCACGUCUUUUCAAUAUUUCAUUUUCUGUAAAUAAUGCAGUAGAUGGCUUUUAUUUUGUGACUGGCUCCUCGUGUCUUUAUUGUUGAAGGAAGAGGCAGAAAGGAAGCAGUCGAUUUUAGUUCACUUUUCAUGGAAGAAAAAAACCCCACCUCAUUGUUUUAAGAAUAGCAGGGCUAGGUUUUUUUCCUUUUUUAACAACUGAAUGAGAAUGUGGACUAAUGCCCAUUUCUAAGGAAUAUAUUAAACUUCACCUUAUUUAUACUGUAGUUUCGUGCUCCACGAGGACCUUGUAAUGGGUGUAUGUGCGUGUGUGUAUACAUAUGCACAAAUAAUAUGAUCAGAAACCUUUAAUGGAAUUAUUCCUAAGCGUGGAUUAAAAAAAAAAAAAGUAACCUUUUUAAACUACUAAACUAAACUACUGAAGAUGGAAUUAAAUGCAAAAGCAUUUUGUGUGUGGUCUCUGGAGUCCACAAUGGUGCUUCUGAUGAUGUUAUCCCAUACCUAAGUCUCAUGUCGAUAAGUAUAUAUUAAGAUGUAGGUAUGUUUAUAUGUAUGUUUAAUAUAGUUUCUAUAAAAUCAAUGUAAAUUGUUUCUACAGACAAUAAAUGUUGUAACAAAAUUUCUACUUAUAAAAA